AAAGGAAAAUGAUGUUGACUUCCAUGAGUUCAGGUCACAGCUGCUUGUUUGAUAUCCAAUGGGAAGGAAGGCAAGUCCUUGAGCAUUGAAGUCCUUUUAAGCGCCCCAUCGUCAUCUUUAACGUUAUCCCCAUGCUUUUCUUUUCCGCCACCCUAUCUUCUCUACUAGUCGUUGCCAUCGCGUCAACGCAUGCCCAAGACCCUACUCAGAAAUGCACCGUCACAUUCGGCUUAACCAAGUGCUUCAAGACCCAGAAUUUAAACGACAUUGGUAACCCAUUCAUCGAAUAUCUUCCAGGGACUGUACUGGAUCUCGCCUGCACCAAAUCCGCAAUACCUGUUCCUGGACAAAUCUGGUUUUCCGUUAGUGAUCAAUGCUAUGUCUUUGCAGACCAUGUCGAUUGUAUGGUUACUGGGGGCGAAGACAUCAACGCCUUCUGCGACGUGGCCUCCGGCCCAGCACCAAAACCGACAUCACAGUCAACUUCGGAUGAAUCUUCAGGCAGUAGCCGCUCCAGAAAGAUUUCAUCCCUUCUGUUGACUGUUUUACUUGGGUUUUGGUUCGCUAGCUCGGUUUAUGCCUCAUCAUCAUCGACGGAGAAGGAAAUCCAGGACUGUACUACCAUAUCUGGUAUAGCCAAGUGCUUCAAGACCCCUAAUACAAACGACCUCAACAACCACUUCAUCCAGUAUCCUCUAGGUGCUGUCCUGACGGUCAGCUGUGUUGAUCCUGCUGUCGGGCAAUGGUGGUUUUCCGAACAUGAUCAAUGCUAUGUACCCGCAGCCUUACUCUAUUGCGAGGCUAACGGCGGCGAAAGUCUCGAUGCCUUCUGCAGCGGCCAAGCCUCGAGCCAAACAUCAGACUCUCCGUCUGGCAGUAGCCGCUCGGUAAUCUACUCGUUUCCAUUCUUCAGCCUAGUUCUCAGUCUAUGGUUUGGCGUCACGGCCUUCGCUACAUUUGCGUCGGCAAAAGACCAAAAUCGGGAAACUUGCUGGCCUGAUGAGGAGACUGAAUGUAUCAUUUCCGGGAAGACCAUUAUACGCUACAUGCCUGGUGACCAUUUCGAGAAAAAAUGCAGCACAGGGACGUUGUUAGGCACAGGCACGGAUUGGAUCUACACGUAUGAUGAGUGCUAUGUGCGAGCUGGAUGGUCAGGUUGCCCGAAGAACAUUCAUGGCAACGACGUCAGGUGUCUAUACAACGAGACCAAUCUUGGCUAUCCUCUAGACAAUCUUAACGGAAUACCAAUGUUGCCAUCUGACACCCAAGAACAGGAGUCUGACUGCUGCGGCGCCACGAGUGGCAGCAGCACUCGCCGCUCGGAUUUCACAUCCACUUUUCUCUUCACAGCAUUCCUUAGCCUGUGGUUAGCUAUCGGGGCGCUUGCUACUCCGGCCUUGAGUAAGCUUGACGAACCUUUAGAAUGCCAAAGCACCGAAGACCAAUACUGCGUGGACAACGUAAUUUUUACACAAGACUCUAAUUCUCCCAUCGCCAGUGGUGAAGUGGUUCCUAUAAGUUGCAAAUGGAUAUCGCAGAACCUUGGGACUUGGGUUUUGCACGCGCAGCGACUCUGCUUUGUUGAUAUCACUAAGAUUGCUUGUGAGGAAGAUGACGCUUUGGACAACCUACAGGAAUGCACAACUUCAUCGAUGCACGAGCCGGACACUUCCUCCAGUGCUACCAAGGUAGGUCUAUUAGCAACUACGCGAAUUCUCAGGAGUGUCGUUGCGCUCAGUCUCAUCGUUGGAGCCGGGGGCUGGCUCUGUAUGAUCGUUUUGAACUAAGUUGCAUGUUGUGUGUCUGUCACAACUCUACUGGAGAGCACAGUGUACAACUUCGGACCGAGU